CACGGCGGCGGCCCGGAAGCGGUCGCGCUGCCGCCCGGAAGCUCUUCCCCCUCGGCCGAGCCAAGAUGGCGGUGGACACCGCAACCGAGCUGCUAUUUUUAGACACGUUCAAGCACCAGAGCGCGGAGCAAAGUACCAAUAUAGAUGUAGUUCGUUUUCCAUGCGUGGUUUACAUAAAUGAAGUACGUGUCAUUCCUCCAGGAGUGAGAGCUCACACAAGCUUGCCUGACAAUAGGGCUUAUGGGGAGACAUCCCCGCAUACCUUUCAACUGGACUUGUUUUUCAACAAUGUCAGCAAGCCAAGUGCCCCUGUUUUUGAUAGGCUGGGGAGCCUUGAAUAUGAUGAAAAUACUUCAAUUAUUUUCAGACCCAAUGCAAAGGUCAACACGGAUGGAUUAGUUCUGAGAGGGUGGUACAACUGUCUGACUUUGGCCAUAUAUGGCUCAGUUGACAGGGUAAUAAGUCAUGAGAGAGAGUCACCUCCUCCACCCCCACCUCCACCACCACCUCCCCAGCAGCAGCCUGGUUUAAAAAGAAACCCGAAACAUGUUGAUGGAGAGAAAGAAGACCAGUUCAAUGGCAGCCCUCCAAGACCACAACCUAGGGGACCAAGGACACCUCCAGGCCCUCCUCCUCCUGAUGAUGAUGAGGAUGAACCUAUGCCAGUGUCAGUGGUUGGGGAAAAAGAAGAUGAUGUGGACCAUAGGGAGGAUUACUUUGAGCCCAUUUCUCCUGAUCGAACAUCCAUUCAUCAAGAAAGCCAGUAUUCUGAUGAUGGAGAAGUAGAGGAAGAUCAACCAGAAGAAGGAGAAGAUGAAGAUGAUGUGGAUGUUGAGGAGGAGGAGGAUGAGGAUGAUGAUGAUGGGCAUACAGUAGAGAGUAUUGCUGAUGAGGAAGAGGAAGAGGAGGAGGAAGAUGAAGAUGAAGAAGAGGGUGAAGAGGAAGAAGAAGGUGAAGGAGAUGAUGGAUAUGAGCAGAUUUCAAGUGAUGAAGAUGGAAUUGCUGAUCUGGAACGUGAAACAUUUAAGUAUCCAAGCUUUGAUAUUGAAUAUACUCCUGAGGAUCUUGCAUCUGUGCCUCCUGUGACAUAUGAACCUUUUGAAAGGGAGCUUGGACCUCUUUUAUACUUUAGCUGCCCUUACAAGACUGUAUUUGAAAAUGAAGUUGGUAAAAUAAAGGACCAAGACCCAGAAAAAGAAAAUUCAGGGGCAGUGGAAGCCUCAGUUAAAUUAACUGAACUGUUGGAAUUAUAUCAAGAGGAAAGGGGUGCAAAGUGGGUCACUGCAUUAGAAGAAGUUCCGAGUUUAAUAGUAAAAGGAUUGAGCUACCUGCAGGUGAAAGACACAAAGCAAGACUAUAUUACCCAGCUAGUAGACUGGACCCUGCAAGCUUUAAACCUUCAGGUAGCUCUCAAACAGCCCAUUGCUUUGAAUGUCCGACAACUCAAAGCUGGGACAAAAUUGGUAUCGUCGUUAGGAGAAUGUGGGACACAAGGAAUAAUGGCACUCUUGCAGGCAGGAGUUAUUAAUGUGUUAUUUGAACUGUUGUUUGCAGAUCAUGUGUCAUCCUCCCUUAAGCUUAAUGCUUUUAAAGCUUUGGAUAGUGUUAUUAGUAUGACUGAGGGAAUGGAAAUGUUUCUAAGGGGUGGCGUAGAUGUACAUGAAAAAAGUGGUUAUCAGAAACUCCUGGAACUCAUACUGUUAGAUCAGACUGUGAGAGUAGUUACUGCUGGUUCUGCAAUUCUCCAGAAAUGUCACUUCUAUGAGAUUCUGUCAGAUAUUAAAAAGGUGGUUGAUCAGUUAGCAGAGAACACUCCUUCUCUUCCGAAUCACACGGAGCCAGAACAGGACCAGGACUUGACAGGACUUGAAAGAACCAACCAAGAGUAUGAGAAUGAUGUGGAGGCUCCUAUGGACAUGGAUCAUCUUUUGGAAUCUUCUAAUAUAAGUGAAGGAGAAAUGGAAAAACUUGUUAGUCUUCUUGAAGAAAUUUUCCAUUUGAUGGAAACCGCUCCUCAUACAAUGAUUCAGCCACCUGUGAAAUCUUUCCCAACCAUGGCACGCAUUACAGGCCCUCCAGAAAGGGAUGAUCCUUACCCUGUUCUGUUUAGGUAUCUUCAUAGUCACCAUUUCUUGGAAUGCAUUACUUUGCUACUGUCUAUUCCAGUGACAGGCGCACAUCCAGGUGUGCUUCAAGCUAUACGAGAUAUAUUGCGUUUCCUGGCACAGUCACAGAAGGGUCUUCUUUUCUUUAUUUCCGAGUAUGAAGCAACGAACUUGUUGAUCAGAGCACUUUGUCAGUUUUCUGAUCCGGAUCAAGAGGAAGGUCUCCAAUCGGAUGGUGCCAGUGAGGAUACUUUUGCACUGUGGCUCCUGCAUUCAACACAGACGUUACAGUGCAUUUCAGAAUUAUUCUGCCACUUUCAGCGGUGCACAGCCAGUGAGGAGACUGACCAUUCAGAUCUGCUGGGAACACUUCACAACCUUUACUUGAUUACCUUUAACCCUGUGGGAAGAUCUGCUGUGGCUCAUGUAUUCAGUCUGGAGAAAAAUCUCCAAAGUCUUAUUACUUUAAUGGAGUACUAUUCCAAAGAAGCUUUAGGAGACUCAAAGUCUAAGAAGUCAGUUGCUUAUAAUUAUGCCUGCAUCCUUGUUUUGCUGGUGGUUCAAUCUUCCAGUGAUGUUCAAAUGCUGGAACAGCACUCGGUGCCUUUGCUGAAGCUUUGUAAAGCAGACGAAAAUAACACCAAAUUGCAAGAGCUCAGCAAGUGGCUUGAACCUUUGAAGAAUCUUAGAUUUGAAAUAAAUUGUAUUCCAAAUCUCAUUGAAUAUAUCAAACAGAAUAUUGACAGUUUGAUGACCCCAGAUGGAGUUGGUCUUCCUACUGCACUUCGUGUUCUUUGUCAUGUUGCAUGUCCACCACCUCUGGUAGAAGGUCAACAGAAAGACCUUAAAUGGAAUCUUGCAGUUAUUCAGCUCUUUUCUUCUGAGGGAAUGGACACCUUCAUCCGGGUAUUACAGAAGCUGAACAGCAUACUUAUUCAGCCUUGGCGACUCCAUGUCAACAUGGGCACCACACUUCACAGAGUUACUACUAUUUCUAUGGCCCGCUGUACACUUACUCUCCUUAAAACAAUGCUAACAGAACUCCUGAGGGGUGGAUCUUUUGAAUUCAAAGACAUGCGUGUUCCAUCAGCACUUGUUUCUUUACACAUGCUCCUGUGUUCUAUUCCUCUCUCAGGCCGCUUAGAUAGCGAUGAACAAAAAAUUCAGAAUGACAUUGUUGAUAUCUUACUGACUUUUACACAAGGUGUUAAUGAAAAACUUACAAUUUCUGAAGAAACUUUGGCGAAUAAUACUUGGUCUUUAAUGUUGAAGGAAGUUCUCUCUUCAAUUUUGAGAAUUCCUGAAGGCUUUUUCUCUGGACUUAUACUGCUUUCAGAAUUGUUGCCUCUUCCACUGCCCAUGCAGACGACUCAGGUGAUUGAACCACAUGAUAUUUCAGUGGCACUCAACACCAGGAAGCUGUGGAGUAUGCAUCUUCAUGUUCAGGCCAAACUGAUCCAAGAGAUAGUUCGAUCUUUCUCUGGUUCAUCUUGCCAGCCUAUUCAGCAUAUGUUGAGACGUAUUUGUGUUCAGUUGUGUGACUUGGCUUCACCUACUGCUCUUCUUAUCAUGAGGACUGUAUUGGAUCUGAUUGUAGAAGACCUACAAAGCAACACGGAAGAUAAAGAGAAACAGUACACUGGACAGACCACUCGAUUGCUUGCUUUAUUGGAUGCCCUGGCUUCACAUAAAGCCUGUAAAUUGGCUAUUUUGCAUCUUAUCAAUGGAACUACUAAAGGUGAUGAAAAGUACGCAGAGGUUUUCCAGGAGCUCUUGGCUUUGAUGCGAUCGGCUGGGGACAACGUCACUCAUCAGCAGUGCGCUGAAUAUGUAACUUCCCUUUUGCAGUCCCUCUGUGAUCAGGAUAUUGCACUCAUUUUACCAAGUUCAUCAGAAGGCUCUGUGUCUGAAUCAGAGCAGCUUUCCAACUCCUUGCCAAGCAAAGAGCUGAUGCCCUUAAUUUGUGACUGUCUGAUGGAAACAUUAACUAAUUCUGAGAGCAGUUACAGUUGUCUGCUGACAUGUAUCCGAACAAUGAUGUUCCUUACAGAGCAUGACUAUGGCUUCUAUCACUUAAAGAGCUCUCUAAGAAAACACAGCAGUGCUCUGUACACUGUAUUAAAGCGAGUAAUAACUAGUUUUAGCAAAGACACAGGUGAACUGGCCUCUUCUUUUUUGGAUUUUAUGCGACAGAUUCUUAACUCUGAUACGCUGGGAUGUUGUGGAGAUGACGGAAGCCUUAUGGAAGCAGAUGGAUCUCAUCCAGGGAGAACACUGGGUCUAACUACUGCAGAGUUAAAACAUCUACUGCAGAACAAAGAGGAAACCCCAGAAAACCUGCUGCUUGAUCUGGAGAAACACGUUAUGGAUCGUUCUAAGGAAGACGAUGGCCUUGAAUCCUUACUGGACAACAUUGUCGGAGUGAGGCAGAUGUUGGAAUCAGCGGGCGAUUCUUGUCCACUGAGUGACCAAGACAUAGAGCCUAUUCUUUCUGCACCAGACUCUCUUCAGAAUUUGUUUAAUAACAGGACUACAUACGUGUUGGCAGACGUGAUGGAUGACCAGCUGAAGUCCAUGUGGUUCUCACCCUUUCAGGCUGAAGAAAUAGACACUGAUCUGGAUAUGGUAAAAGUUGACUUAAUUGAACUGUCAGAGAAGGGCUGCAGUGACUUUGACUUGCAAGCUGAAUUGGAGAGGUCAUUUUUGUCAGAACCAUCAUCUCCUGGACGCACAAAAACCACAAAAGGGUUCAAACUCGGCAAGCACAAGCAUGAGACCUUCAUAACUUCAAGUGGAAAAUCUGAGUACAUAGAGCCUGCAAAGAGAGCUCACGUUGUCCCACCACCAAGAGGAAGAGGCAGGGGAGGAUUUGGACAAGGAAUUCGACCACAUGAUAUCUUCCGUCAGAGGAAACAGAAUACGAGCAGGCCACCCUCCAUGCAUGUGGAUGAUUUUGUUGCUGCAGAGAGCAAAGAAGUGGUUGCUCCAGAUGGGAUACCACCAGCCAAAAGGCCACCAAAAGUGUCACAGAAGAUUUCUUCACGUGGUGGGUUCUCAGGGAAUCGUGGAGGACGAGGAGCUUUUCACAGUCAGAACAGGUUCUUUACACCACCUGCUUCAAAAGGAAAUUACAGUCGUCGUGAAGGCGCUCGAGGCUCAAGUUGGAGUGCACAGAGUACGCCCAGGGGAACCUACAAUGACAGUAGAGGUGGUCAAAGCAAUUUUAACAGGGGUCCACUGCCACCAUUGAGACCAUUAAGUUCAGCAGGCUACCGACCGAGUCCUCGCGAUCGUGCUUCCAGAGGCCGGGGAGGAAUUGGACCGUCUUGGACAAGUGCUAAUAGUAGUAGCAGUGGUGGCUCAAGAGGAAAGUUUGUUAGUGGAGGCAGUGGAAGAGGUCGUCAUGUACGUUCCUUCACACGAUAAAAUUGAGACCUAAUGGAACAGCCCAACCAUGUGGACUUCUGUGAAGAUGACAAAGCAAGCAGCAGCACUAAAGGACCAAUUCAGAUUCACUGGUAUCUGGAGGACACCAAGAGAAUAUUUUUGCUGAAGAGAAGUUUUUGUUUGAUACAAGACUUGAAAUUUCAAUAAAAUUCAAGACUUUUUGUGUACAAUUGUAAAUUUUUUGUUCCUUUUGAAAGAAUGUUUUAAUUUUUUCGUGGACUUCAGUAGACAAUACUCAGUAAAGAACCUCUUUGAGUUAAGACUUGAAGGACUUUUAAAAUAUUCAUUGUGCCAAAUGAAAGGUACAGGUGUUCUGUGUGUGACUUAUUACUGCAAGAAAAUUAAAAAAAAAAAAAUAUAUAUGUAAGGCAAUUUUAGUUUUUUCUCUCAGGUUUAGAGCCAUUAGCCCUUUUUUUUUUUUUUUUUUUUUAGCCAGUCUGAGUUAUUAAUGAACGAGGUCCAUCUGACAGCAGUUGAAGUAGCAGGUGAUAGAAGAUUGACUGAAAUUAAUUAAUCUGUGAAAGAAUACAAAUGUAAACGUAAUUUAUGUAGGUUUUGUUGUACCUCUUUGGUAAUGUGUUUAGACACUUAAAUAAGAUACCACACCUGUUAAUAUUAGUAGAAAAUCUGUCAUUGACUUCAGGGAGAAUAAGAUAAUGUUCUAGCAUUUACAACUCCAGCUCAUGCAUUAGGAGCCCAAGAGUUAUUUCACUGGAAAACAGAGUAUGCUUUGAAGUUACAAGGCAAGAUACCCGUACUCUGAGACAGCCUGGGUUAAUUACUUGCCUGCCUCUCUGCUGACUUACAUAGUCGAGGAGAAGGCAUAGAAACAGAUGUGCGAGCUGAACAACCACAUAGUGAAGCAGUAAUGCUAAACCAUCCCUUUGAAUAGAUGGUUUGGACUUUUGUUUCUGUAAUUAGACUGAGAUACAAUAUGAAAAGAAAAACUUUGAGAAGUAGGAUUUCAUAAAGAAAUGUUACCACUAGAUUCAACUCUAAAUUUAUUUUCAUACUAAAUUCAGUGAUUGAAGUAAGCUUUUUACAUGUUUGCAUUCCUUUGGGCUCCAUGGGAUUUCAUAGAAUUAACUGAUUCCCAAUAGCCUUUUAUUGCAUUUUUGGCUGGGGUGAGGAGUGGUAGCUUUUUCUAAAGGCCACAUAAAAUUUUUACAAACGAGCUCCACUGUCAGACUUAGCUGAGCUCAGUUUUCACUUAUGCUCUGGUCUCUUGACAUUACGAAAGUGCUAUAAAGGGGUCUUCGUCUGCUUAAAUAAGGCCCAGUUGUAAUGUUCUUGUUUUACGUAAUCUUAACUUUGGACAACUCGUCUGCCUAGACUCAUAAACUUUAACACCCAAUUUUAAGUGUUUCUAAAGCAUGGUAGUACUUUAAAUUGAAUUUUUUUUUAGCUUUAUACUGCCUGGCUAAAUUAAGUAGGUUUUUAUUUGAACCGCAGAAGGCCCCUAUUAUGUGUACUUUCUCUGCGUGGAGACUGUGGGACACCGUCCCACUGUUUGAGAGGUGAUUAGGUUGCACAACAUCAAUUGACAUAACCUAUGAAAGUGGUAAACUUCUAUUAAUUGGCUGGGUGCAGUUAAAGGGAAUAGUAUCCGUUCACAAAGCUAUGUGUUUUAACAUUGUUUAAAAUAACAUGAACAAAGAUUUGGAUUGGAAGCCAAUUUUCUCAAUGGUAAAAGUAACAGGGAGAUUUAAUUUUACUAAUAAUGCAAUUGUAAUGACUAAAAUGGGUGGAGCUCUCACAGGCAUUACAGGUAUUAAUGCUAUUUUUUUAAGGAGCACUGCAUAAAUAUUUUUAAAGCUGACUAGCUCCUUUAGACUAUGUGUUUAAGGUUGUUUUUUUUUUGUUGUUUUUUUUUUUUUUAGAAACUUUACUGUGUGGAAACUAGCAGGGAUAUGAAUCAUUUGGUUUCUGUCAGGGAAUUUGAAAUGAAAAGUAAAGAAAAGUGUCAAGUGUGGAAUAAAUAUGUAAAUAUUCAGUACUGGUUCCUGAAAGUUUAAAAUAUAUGGCAUGUCACACUAGUCAUUUUCAAACUAGGAGGAAAUAAAGGGUUGGUUAAAUUGUUUGAUGUAUGGAAGCUCUGUAAAUUUAGUUAAACUUGAGAAAGAAGUAUACGUCUAUCAUGUUUUAUUUGGGUUUUUUGGGUUUUUUUUUAUGAAUUUAGUUCUGUGACCCUUCAAUGCACAGUGGUUCCUUUCUUGGAUAAAUUCAACUUGAAAUAAUGCUGUUUAAAACUUGGGA